AUGGCCGAUCAAAUAUUUGUCAAACAUUUUGGAAACGUCUUCUGCAUACCAAUUUGCAGUAAAACGUGUGCCAGUGAUGUACUGCAAUAUCUGUGUGAAAAUGAGGGUCUAGAUUAUCUAGCAGACUCCGAUGCCAAAUUGUUCAGCUGCGUUGGCGUAGUCGAAAAUGACACAAAUAUCGCCUCUAUAAACUCAACUUACUAUGAACUAAUCCAUGGAUUGGAUGGCGGUGCCAAGAAGAGAAAGAAGAAGCAACAUACCACACCCAAGAAGAACAAGCAUAAGAAGAAGAAGGUCAAGCUAGCCCCGCUUAAAUACUACAAGAUCGAGAAGGAUGACAAGGUAGUUAGAUUACUUAAAGAGUGUCCAUCUAGUACCUGCGGUAGGGGAGUUUUCAUGGCGUCACAUCACAACAGAACAUACUGUGGUAGAUGUGGACUUACUUAUAUCAGCAAGACGGCGGAAAUUACUGCAUAA